UAAAGGUUACGCUCUCACUCAAGUGUGACAUCACUCGGAGUGCUCUUUUCAAAGCGGACUCAUUAAAACCUGUCCGUUUUGCGCUCCACUAUUCAUUUCACAGUCCUUGUUAAUUUGUCAGCUGGAAAAGUCGCCCAUCCUUCCCAUGCUCAGAGCCUCCACGCAGGCUUGAAUGAAGACUGUGACGUCAGUAAUCCUGCUCUCACUUUCAAAAAGUUUUAUCAUGGGGGAUACAUCCUCUGCACAACGCGAGUACUCUCGCAAUAUUGCUGCGUACACUUUGAAGCAGCUCAUAGAAUGGCAAGCUUCGCUGGAACGCAUGUCAAAGGAAUACGAGCAGGAGGGCGAACGAGAGAGAGUGCGGGAAGGCGUCAAGCAGCAUGAUUCUAAAGAACACGCCCGGCCCCCACAACAGACUGCGUUGGGUGGGUAGAGUGAUAUUUCAGUGUGCAAAACCUGCGUCAUAUAUAUAUAUCGGAUCUUACAUCGAGUGCAUGCCAUGCAAGAUAACAGUCCUUCGUUUUCUCUUCCCACCCUCGAGCCCGAUAUGUCACGGAACAGCGGCGUGUAUCUCGUUUCCCUUUGUCUCGUUGUAUCGUUUAGUUG